CAUGAUGGCCCUUUCCUUGAAAAGGCAAAAUAAGUUUUAGUGACGUUGCGUUGGCUGUUGUCAUAAUUUCUCAAAGGCGUGUGAGAGUCGACUUUUUGCAUCGAACUCGAAUAUAUCGUAGCAGACGCCGAAAGAAAGCAGAAAACUAACCGGAGACCAGGACACUCAACCAAAAGUGCAUUCAUAAGAUUGAACUUCGCCGCUUCGACAGACAGAAAACACUUCUAUAGAAGAUAUUUGUGAUUCAGCACAAUUCUACAUUUUAAUGGAAAUGGAUAAAUUAAAAAUUCUUUGUUUGCACGGGUAUGGACAAAGUGGUGAAUAUUUUCACAAAAAGUUGGGAGGCAUUCGAAAACUUGUGAAAAGCGUGGCAGAGUUUGAUUAUGUUUCGUCACCUCAUCUAACUAACAUGGAAGCAGAUCCUGGAGACAUAUUUUCUGGCCCUCGGCAUGCAUGGUGGUUCACAAAUGAAGAAAUGAAAACCUAUGACUCAAAAGAAUUUGAAUCAAAAUGUUUUGGCUUUGAAGAAAGCGUCAAUCGAGUAGAUGAAUAUCUUCUAGAGAAGGGACCAUUUGAUGGCAUAUUAGGGUUUUCGCAGGGGGCCUGCUUCCUCAGUUUGCUCUGCUGUCUACAACAACAUGGGAAACUAAAGGGUAGCUUCAAAUUUGCUAUUUUUGCCUCUGGCUACCUUUCUCGUUGUGUUUCACAUCAAAACUUGUACAACGAGACUCUCAGUCUACCGACAUUGCAUGUGUUUGGUGAAAGUGACACUGUUAUACCAGAAGAGAUGAGCAAGGCUCUAGCAGAUUUUUGUGAAGAGAAGCAAAUCAUAUUGCACCCUGGAGGACAUUAUAUGCCUUCCAAUUCUCAUUUCAAAGAAGCUUACAUGAAAUUUUUGAGUAUUCGUCUAGCCGAAAAAGUAGACAGUCCAGAGCGUUGAAUUGUAUUUUUUAAAACAUGACCCUGUAAGGUGCUACACCAUUUUUCCCGGUGAAACACACAUGUUUUUACCUUUACAAUCAAAUAAUAUCAACUCCCACUGUAAAAUUACAUUUAAGUUAAAAUAUUUUUUAAAUAAGUGUUAAUAUUAACUACGCUCAGCGACCUAUCUAUGUAAUGAUUCUCGAUAAAUUUUUUUAAUUGAAUGUGAUCAUCACAAAGAUGCAGACCUUAUGAACUUCUUUUGAUUCCUCUAAAUUCAUUUUCUGUGAAGAAAACUGUUUAAAAAUUGCGCGUUCGUAUGAUGUACGUAUGAAAACUUUUCAGGUACGUUAAACGAUGGUUGGUAUUUUUGUCUUCCCUCUGUACUUGAUUUCCUGAUUUCAGCACACGUGUUUAGUUUCAUAUGACAAUGUAUUACCAAAAAUAUAUCAAUUCUCUUAUUCAGAGACGAAAUCCAUUAAAUUCGUGUUCUUUUUCAA